UUACGAAAAUAGUGCUAAUAGAGCGAAAUGCUCUUUCAGAGCCCUAUGGAACCCAUCAACACUUGUCGCGCCAAUGGCAAGUGUAUUUUCGAACUACCGGAUUCGCAUUAUAUGGAGUGCGAUGGAGGCGUGAAGAAAAUGCUGCAGGAACGCUAUGCGAAUAGCGAGUAUAUAAGGUUCACGCUGAAUGAGCUGCCAUCAAAGCCAGAUCUAUCCUUCGCUGCUAAAUUGGGUAUGAAGCAAAACUUUUCGCUAUUCAAUACACAGCAUAAGGAAAUUGCCGGCAAACUCAUCCGAUUGCUGAUGGAAGCUGAGGAUUUAGACCACUUUCUCAGCUUGUGUGUCUAUAUUAGGUAAAAACUCUUGGA